GUUGGAUGACACCGAGGAUCUCGUCGGCGAGAAAACCGCGCCGCCAAACUUGAAUUCGCUGAGGGGAUUCGAAGUUAUCGACGCUAUUAAAUCGGAGCUCGAAUCCGUUUGCCCUCGGACUGUUUUUUGUGCGGAUAUUCUUGCAACUGCUGCCAGAGACUGUUGUUAUCUCAGGGGGACCAAGUUGGGAAGUGGAAAUGGGGAGAAAAGACAGCUUGAUUGCUAGUAAAGAAGCAGCAGCAAACAACAUUCCAGGCCCAAAUUCGACAGUGCCAACACUUGUCGCCAAGUUCCGAAACGUUGGACUCUCGUUAAGUGACAUGAUUGUGCUUUCCGGUGCACACACGUUGGGGAUGGCUCGAUGUUCGACGUUCAGCACACGGCUUCAGGGCUCAAAUGGUCCGGAUAUCAACGUCGAUUUCGUUCAAAACCUGCAGCAGCUGUGCUCUCAAGCGGACGGGAACUCGAGGCUUGCGCAGCUCGAUCUUGUCAGCCCCGCGACUUUCGACAACCAGUAUUAUGUUAAACUUCUUUCUGGGGAGGGAUUGCUGCCGUCCGACCAGGCGCUCGUCACGGAUGAUUAUCAAACUCGACAACUGGUACUCUCCUAUGCCGAGAACCCUUUGGACUUCUUCGAGGACUUCAAGGAUUCGAUGCUGAAAAUGGGAAGCUUAGGGGUACUGACCGGGACCGAUGGCCAGAUUCGGAAGAAUUGCCGUGUUGUUAAUUAAUUAACUCCAUUGUUGUCCGACUCGACUCGACC